AUGGCUUCGAGGAAGGAGGCAUUCAUGAACACUAUACGCAAUGAAAUAGCAUUGUCAAAUGCUCAGGAGCUCCUCAAUAAAACCAAUGAGAAAUGCUACGCUAAAUGCAUCACGAAGCCAGGAACGUCGUUGUCGGGUUCAGAAGAGACAUGCCUUGCGCGCUGUAUGGACCGUUACAUGGAAGCCUUCAGCAUAGUCAGCAGGUCGUACCAGACGCGUCUGGCCAGGGAACGCGACGCGAGUGCAUAG